AAUCAUGGAAUUGUUAGUUUUGAAGGGACCUCUGGAGGUCACCCAAUCCAAGGCAUGGUCACUUGGAGCAGGUAACACAGGAACAUGUCCAGAUGGGUUUGGAAUGUCUCCAGAGAGGGAGAAUCCAUAACCUCCCUCUGUGCUCUGCCACCCUCAAUGUGAACAAGGUUUUCUUCAUGCUGAGGUGAAACUUUUUUUUUUUUUUUUUUUAGUUUACAGCCAUUACUCCUUGUCCUGUUGCUUGGAACCACCAAAUAGAGUCUGGCACCAUCUUCUGGCCCCUGCCUUUGAAAUAUUGAUGUGCAGGGAUGGGAUCCCCUGGGCUGUCUCUGCUCCAGACUAACCAGGCCCAGUCCUGCAGUCUGUCCUCACAAGAGAUGCAUCAGACCCCUCCUCACUUUGUGCCUUCGCUGGAUCCUCUGUAAUAACUCCUUGUCUUUCUUUUCAUGCAGACGGUUCAAAAUGAAUGAACAUCCUAAAAAGAGGAAAAGGAAGACUCUGCAUCCUUCUCGUUACUCAGAUUCUUCAGGUGCAAGCAGAUACAUAGACAACAGUGGAAUUUUUUCUGACCACUGCUAUAGCGUCUGUUCCAUGAGACAGCCAGAUAUAAACAGAGGUAGAUUCCACAGUCCUGUGCAGAGCCUGGACACAGAUGAUGAUGGGAGUCCAGUGCAUGCCGGGAGCUCUCACUGGAGCGGGGCACACUCAAACGUUGGGAUGCACUGUACAGACCCUAAAAAGAGGGAUAAAGGUAAAGAUAAAGGUACUAACAAUGGAAUGUGCAGAGACUUAUGUGACUCACCUAUAUUCAGUGACAGCCCCACAGAAGAAGAGAAACCUCUAGAUAUCCAAACUGUAGAAAUUUCUACAACAGAGGUGAAUGCUGUAGAAGUUCACGAUAUAGAAACACAGACUGUGUCACCUGAGAAGCUGGAAGCUGAGGACCUUGAGGAAAUCCCUCUGGAGACCUGUAAAAUCUUUGAGAAGAACCAGGCUUUGAAUAUCACAGCUCAACAGAAAUGGCCUUUGCUGAGAGCCAACAGCAGCGGCUUGUACAAAUGUGAGCUCUGUGAGUUCAACAGCAAGUACUUCUCUGAUCUGAAGCAGCACAUGAUCCUGAAGCAUAAGACAUGUACAGACACUCAUGUCUGUAAAGUUUGUAAAGAAAGUUUCUCCAGCAAAGUGCAGCUUAUUGAACACGUAAAACUACACGAGGAGGAUCCAUACAUCUGUAAAUACUGCGAUUACAAAACGGUGAUUUUUGAGAAUCUGAGUCAGCACAUAGCAGACACUCACUUCAACGACCACCUUUACUGGUGUGAGCAGUGUGAUGUGCAGUUCUCCUCCAGCAGCGAGCUGUACCUGCACUUCCAGGAGCACAGCUGUGACGAGCAGUACCUGUGUCAGUUCUGCGAGCACGAGACAAACGACCCCGAGGAUCUGCACAGCCACGUGGUGAACGAGCACGCGUGCCGGCUCAUCGAGCUCAGCGACAGCUACAACAACAAGGAGCGUGGCCAGUACAGCCUCAUCAACAAAAUCAGUUUUGACAAAUGCAAAAACUUCUUUGUGUGCCAGGUGUGCGGCUUUAGGAGCAGGCUGCAUACAAAUGUCAACAGGCACGUAGCUAUUGAGCACACCAAAAUAUUCCCUCAUGUCUGUGAUGACUGUGGGAAAGGAUUUUCAGGUAUGUUAGAAUAUUGCAAGCACCUAAGCUCUCAUUUAUCUGAAGGGAUUUAUUUGUGUCAAUACUGUGAAUAUUCGACGGGACAGAUUGAAGACCUUAAAACUCAUUUGGAUUUUAGGCAUUCAGCAGAUUUGCCUCAUAAAUGUACUGACUGUUUAAUGAGGUUUGGAAAUGAAAAAGAUCUUUUAAGUCAUCUUCAGAUACAUGAGACAGUGUGAUUGCUUUCUUUCCCUGUAAUCAAUUUGUUAGAAUUGGAAUUAAUUUCCAGUCACUGGAAUGUGAUAUUAAAUACAGUUUUAACAACAAUUUUACAUUUCUAAUGUUUUCAUCUUUAUAUCAGUAAAGCAUGUAUAGCACUUGGUGUUGUGAAUUUCCUUGUCUAGGGGUUUCAGUAGGAAUAAUCACAUUUACAGUGUGAUGGAUCAGAUUUUGUGGGGAGGGACAGUGGACGUAAUUGCAUGUUGUGAUACGAGUUCUGAUGGUCAUCCCACUCUUUCAUGUCUAGUGUACAAGACCUCUCUUGACUUUAAAAAGGCACAAAAACAAAGCAAAUACCUAAUUCCAUGCUUAAAUAACCCAAUACUGGUUUCAGUUCCACAUCCAGCUCAUGUUACCCUGUGUGACAGCAGGUCAUUGCACUGGUGUUUAGCAAUAGCACUGGCCUGCCAAAGAUAAGGGUGUUCCAAAAGUUCCCGGGCACGGACAUCUCCAGAUUCACAUACCAGCCUUCAUUUACCACCCCAUGCUCCUGAUAAGCUUUUUCAAUUGUCCUAUUUUUCUCUUGUGAUACCUUUCUGACCUCACUGUUCCCUUUGUUCUAUGUUUAAGUCCUAUCUGUGGGACUGUCCAGUACAUGUACGACACACUCUUCCACACGACUCCCACAUGAUAUUCCCUUAUAUACCUUCAGUUCUUAUAUUUGAAUGUGCUGAGGAGACACCCAUUGCUUGGGUCUGGAUUGGAUCAUGUUCUAAAGAGUAAUUGCAAAAGGAAUUCACAGUGAUCCUGCUGAGAUUAAUUUCUUAUGUAAAAUCCUAGUUUAGCUCUCACUGAAAUUAUGUAUGUCACUAACCUAUGACUAGAGCAAACUUCUAGUAGUCUAUAUUAUUGUAAUAAUUCUGUAUAUUUAUCAUUCUUUCCACCACUAGUAACUUGAGGAACGUUAUUUUAACUCUGUAAAUUUCAAACUUUUAUAUACAGGAUUAAAAGACUGGUACAUUACAAAAUUUUUACUAAUAACUCAAAUUAUUUCACACAUUUGUUUAUAUUACAUAUAGCACUUUCCUGCCAUUGUAAUAGUUGUGAGUUUUUACAGUUCAUUCUGUAGUUCUAUUUCCAAGUGGAUACUUGGACAGAUAAAAAGACAAGUGUGGGGUCACUUAGACUAUGCUAGAUACCACGGUGAAAAUACACAUAAAUUACUGGUGCAGUUUACAUUUCUUCUUUCAUUGAUUGUAAAUUUGUAAUGUAAGAUUGUCUAAUGCAAGCUUUGUAUAGAGAUAAUUAAUGUAUCAAACAUUUGAUCAGUGAGAUUUGGUGUUACCAGCUUCAAGGCAUGCAAUGGUCUUUGGAUUUGAUUUUUAAAGCUAAGGAUAAAACUUGGCUGAAUGUUGUCAAUUAAUGGAAGUUCUGAUUUCCAGAGAAGUAUUUCUGGAAAGAUUAUGAACCACUUAGUGUUUAUUUUGUUGUGGGAGGCAAGAGCAUUUCUGUCACUUUGAAAUGCUGAUUUGCUUCUGGAUCUUGUGUUUUGUCAUUGAAAAGGACAGUCUGAGGGUGUCUUGCUGUAUUUUAUUACUCCCUUGUAUAGAGAAUGACAGUAUCUGUGGUAGAAUUGCUGAUUUCCUAUUUUGAACACAUGCUUCCUGGCUGGCUUAAAAUGGUAGCAAUAAUACAGUUAACAAAACACUAAGAUGAAUUAUUUUCUAUAUGGAAGGCUAACUUCGCUCAUGUAUCUGAAAGGGGAAUGCUGGUUCUCUGAAAAGUGCUCCAGCUGAGCUCUGGAGAGAAAGCUGCUCUGGGAGACAGUGACAAGAAGUGGAAAAAAGGCACUUAAAAAAAACCAAAUUAAAUAAGGCGGCUUAAAAAGUGUAUAUAUUUGUGUAGAGCAGCAUUGUGUCCCCAGCAGGAAAAGUGGUGUCCUGUGGCAGCACAGAGUCCUGUGACACAGCAAAGUUGCUGUUGACAUGAAUAACUUCAUGGCUGUCUUUUGAGUUGUGUUAUUUCUGAUCUCUAAACUGGGAAUCAAAACAAUACCCUACAGGGAGAUUGUGAGGCCAGAUCUUUCCAAACUAAAAUGUAGUGUCUAAACGGAAAAUGUAUCCAAGGUCAUCUUAGGUAGCAUUUUAUAAUUGAGGGACUAAUGUUAGUAUUUUCUUUUUAAUAUCUAUCAGGGAAUAAAUGGAAGUGUACAGGAGUAGCAUGUCUCAUUUUAAAAGGGAACCACAAGUAUGCUGCUGGCUUCCACAUGAUCUGCAUGUUAAAGCAAGAAAGAUACUAAGUAGUAGGAAAAAUAGGUAAUGGGUCUGCCUAAAAUCUGGAAGGCUGAAAGGCAUGGUUGAGCAUGCCAAGGACAGGGAGGACAUUUGGGUUAUUUGGGUGCUCAGACCUGAGUGCAGCUGCUCUGCUACCGCCACAGAUCUGUCACCCUGAAGCCUGAGCUGCUCAUGUCAGCCUGGAGUGGCAGAAAUAAACUCUAGGGACCGCGAUUGUGGCAGUAUUUAUUAUUUUUCUGCAGGGUGCAGUAAUUAACAAAUACUGCUUGUUCACUGGUACCUGCAAGGUUCAGCUGUUUCAGAAUCAGCAUUCCAAGCAAAAGCUAUGCAAAAUCAUGAGAUUGGUUUUAGUAGUGUUUUGUAUUUGUGAGAAAUAUGUAUUUGAUUUUCUGCUUUUCAGACUUUUGAACCCUGAAGUUUCGAUAUGUGACUCGAUUUUAGGGGUGUUUUCCAACCUUAACAAGUCUCUGUGUGUCAGAUUCCUGGAUCACGUUUCUUAUCGAGCAAAGACCUUUUUUAUGUGAUUGCCGACUUCAAAACAAAGUUUACAUCCCACAAAUUAUUGCAAGAUCUUAAAAUACAGCCUAUUAGUAAUCCUCAAA